AUGGCUGCCAGGAGCCGAUCGAACCCUGACAGCCGGCUUCAUGGAAAGAAACAUGACUUUGUUCCAGAAGCCUCCACCACUUCAAUCUCCCUGUUGCGACCCUUGAAAUCGCUGCGGCGCAGACGCGUGUUCCUUGCCCUGCUGACGCUAUGGCUCCUCUAUUUGUUCUUCAAGCAUAUGCCCACAGAUGUUCCUUCCGUUGGCCAACGUUACGACCCUCGCUAUGGCCGUCUCUCCCCGAAUCUUGCUAGACCUGACCAAGCGCACCCGGAGCCACCCAACCCUGAAGCCCUUUCAAAUGAUGAACAAGGUUAUGAAGGCCCCAUCAAGUUCCUUGAAUUGGCACGCAGCUUGCGGCAUGCAAUACAUAACCCGACUACCCAAGGCAACGUCCUUUAUGCAAUCUCUAGGCUUGAUAGUGUUCCUCGGAUCCUCCCUCUUGCUUGCACAAUGGCCCGCAACAACCGCACGCGCGUGCAUUUCGCGUUCAUGGGUCGUCAGUCUGCGAAAUGGGAUGAUAUUAAAGCCCUGAAUGGCUUUGCCGAUAGCGAUUGUGCUUUGUAUUUGCAUGAUGCACGUCCGGACCAUGCUACUCAGUCGUCGAUUAACAGACUAGAUGUCAGCGCCCGCGCGAGCUUGGGUCACAUCCAUUCUGCGAUAGGGCUGAGUGCGGUGUUUGUGGGCGACGCAAGCUUCGAAGAUGAGUACCUGGUGGAUUCUUUAAGGGAGAAAGCUUCCUCUGAGGGACUUUCGAUAAUCGCCCUUCCAGCUGGUGGACUGGCGGGUAUGUCCUGGAUCUCAUCAUUGAAUGCUCGAUCAAUGAGCUACCUCAACGACAUUAGCAUUGAGAUCAUUAUACAUGCGCACACGGAAGCAUCGGCGAAUGUGAUGCGUUUGAUACGCUCUAUCCAAGAGGCCGAUUAUUCGGGCUGGAGUCUACCCAGAGUGACUAUCGAACUUCCCGCACGCACCGAUCCCUUCUUGAUGCACUUUCUUUCGAAGCUCCAAUGGCCGCCGAGCGAGUACGCAAGUGAAAGCAAACUCGUUUUACGACACCGAAUUGAUGCGCGGCCCAUUUCGCCAGUACAGGCUUCACUGAGAACUAUCGAGUCAUACUAUCCUGCCCAGCUCAGCGAAUCCCACCUGUUGGUGGUGUCACCAGAUGUGGAAUUAUCGCCGGGCUACUUUCAAUACUUGAUGUAUACUCUAUUAGAAUACCGAUAUUCGAGGCAGCCAACAGGAUCUCUGGACGACGUGAUGGGCAUUUCUCUCGAGCUACCCGGUGUUGCACCGGAUAGAAAGACCAAGUCGCCCUGGACGGCAUUGAAGAUCUCGGAUCCCCUGGUGCUUUGGCAAGCACCGAAUUCGAAUGCCUGCCUGUAUUUUGGGGACAAAUGGGUAGAGAUGCACACAUUCCUUGCGCAACGGCUUAUGAGUGAUCCGGAGAUGGCCAAGAAGAGUGCUGCGUCUCCAGUUCUUUCACAUGAUUACCCACGAUGGCUUCCACUCGUGCUGGAAAUGAUGCAAGCGAGGAACUACUAUAUGCUGUAUCCUACAUUUGCACAGCAAGAGCAUGAGGCAAUCGCAACGUUACACAAGGAACUCGUUCAAAAGCCGGAAGAAUACAUGGAAGCAGAACACAAGCGUCAACACUCGGCAGGAGAGCAGGCCUGGGGGGUUGUACCUGAGGCGGAAGCGCUCACGGCAGACGAUGAGAUCAAACAACUAUUGCGACAAGAACGCAGAGUAUUCACCGAUUCCCUGGUGGCGACGCUGCUUGAUCAGAGUGAUUCGAGAGGGCCAGACCACGUUGUUGAUCCGACGUCGAAGAUUCCCCUGAUCUCCUUCUAUGGCGAACAGAUGGCGGCGGCAGAGUCAGUAAAAGACUCGUGGAAGUUUGCGGCCGAGUUCGCUCGUGAUGUUGGGAGUUGUGCAGGUGGUUCAUUCGAACAAAAGCUGGAUAAGGUGCCCAGUAUCGAGUCCCUAUUUUGUCUGUCAUCGAGUUGA